AUGAAUCUCCAUCAGCCGAUGAACAGCUAUAUUCUGAUAGUCAAAAUGAUCUACGAGAUCUGCACACACAAAGCAGAAAAAUCCAUGGUAGACGGAGUCGUUACCGGCGACUACACCGACAUCAUCGAUCUUUGCGAUAAUAUCGACAUCAUUCAGCCCUCCAUGCUCUCCAGCUACGAGCAGAUCGCCACUCUGCUCCACUCCAUCGUCCAAUCGGAGCCCUGGUACUCCGACUCCCUCUGCCCGCUUUCCACAAUCACUUCCUGCAUUGGAAAGCUCUACAGCAAUCGCUUCGCCGUGACCACCAUCGAUCUCUCCGCCCCUCUGGGCCGCUCCUUCACCCAGGAGACGGCCAUCGCUCUCUACCCGCUUCUCUCUCUCGCCAAUCAUCGCUGCACUCCCAACGCCACCGUCGUCUUCGACGGGCUCAAAGCCACGCUCCGCGCCCUCCAGCCCAUCCACAAAGGCGAGGAGAUCACCGUGCUCUCAAAGAACGAAUUCUGA